CGAGCUUGCCCACAUCAUCAGUCGCUUGCGAGUAUGCGACUGAAUAGAUGUAUGUUGUUUAAUUGAGGAGCUGCGAGCAUAUACUUUUCUAAAACACACGUCAAUUGUCGUGUACGUAACUCUGCACCAGUUGCCAACUCGUGCAUUAUUGAUUUUUCACUCUUGUUUGAAAAAUAAAAAUGACUCAUUCUUGCAUCGAGAGUUGUAAUAUGGAAAGUAGCAUUUCGCCCUUUUACCUACAUUAAAAAUUCAAUACUUUCUAAACUUUAAUGUGGUGUUAAUAUCGAAGAGAAAAUAAUAUAAAGAAAGAAACAAGACCUCAUCCUUUGUUCAUUUUAUCAAGUGAAAAGUUACGUGCACAAAAAGUGAAGUGUUUUUACGACAUGCAGCAGAUGAAGAACUAGUCAAAAAUGUUUUGGUCCAAUUUUUUUGAUCCCCAUUUUCUUAAUUAAAGAUUUGAAGAGGCUUUCCCAACAACCUUAUCAAUCAUCAUUGAAGGUCAAAAGUUUUUCUCGAUAAACAAGGAAAUUCAGGAAGGAAAAAAAAAUGGCUGAAUAUUUCCGAAUAUUCAAGCUUCUUAUGAAGAAAAAUAUGAUUGUUAGGAAGAAACACUGGAAAAUGUCAUUGUUUGUUGAAAUAAUGAUACCACUCUUACUCUUCCUCCUUGGACAAAUCGUCAGAGCUUCGUCCGGCUCUGAUCCUGUCAAAAUCCAGUCUAACACUUACCACCAGAUUGAUUAUCCAAACCGUUAUCAGAUCAAUUUUGACAACUUUCAAAUACGCUACACCCCCGUAAAUCCAUUGACUACUAAACUGAUGAAUGAUACAGUCACGUGCAUGGAGAUAAAGAAAAGCCAACUCAUUGGUACAAAAAGCGAGGAGUCGAUGCUAGCAGAAUUCUCGAACGUCAAAUCAAACUACCCGUUCAUGGAAUGCCUCGGCGUCGUUUUCGAGGCUGUGGAUGAUUCUACUAUGCCGAAAGACUUUCGUUACAAACUUCGAACUUCGACCGGGCUGCCGAAAGAACUUUUUGAGGAGGAGGAAAACGGCGAUGGAGCUGAAUUAUACUUUGCUGAGACUGCGUUGACACGGACUCAAACUUGUCUUGAUCAAGCUUUGAUUAAAGAGGCUGCAAAUCUGUCUUCCGUUCCAGUAGAAUUCUCGAUCCAGCAAAUGCCUUACCCACCGUACGUUUACGUGGACAAGGCGACGAUUCUUGCAGGUCAAGCAUUUGGGGAACUGGCGAGAUUCGCUUUCCUGGUAGUCCUAUGUGUCGAAGUAACUUAUCCGAGUAACGAGAAGUAUAUCGGGAUAAAUAUUUUGAUGUCGGUUAACGGCGUGAAAAAUCAUCAGAAUUUGUUCAGUUGGCUCAUCAGCGGCGUAUUAUUCAGCACGGUCUAUCUGAGUCCUAUAAUCGUCAUGCUAAAAUAUGAUAUUCUACCCAACAUAGUGCCGUAUUUAAUUUAUGGCAACAGCUUCAUAAUAUGGCUCGUCCUCACGGUGCACGCGUGCCACGUAAUCGCAUUUGGCAUGCACGUGACGGCUUAUCUGUGGAAACCCUCUCAUGGAGUAUUUGCCUCUUUCAUGGUGACGAUGUUGAUGGACAUAAUCAACAAAUACGCAACCGGACAACAAAUUCGACACUUGCUCAUAUAUUUGGGGAUUUUGUCCCCGAAUUUUUUGCUGAGUAGAAUUUUCAAUGAAAUCAAUUCGUACGAAACGAGGCUGAUCGGCGUUCAAUGGAGCAACCUUUUUUCUACGGGCGAUUUAGCCGCGCCUGGCGAAAGCUGCAUCGGCGUCAUGGUCCUGUUCUCACUCAUCGGCACCGUCGUUCAUUUUUUUAUGGCGAUUUACGUCUAUUCCGUUCGACCAGGAAAAUACGGAGUCGCCCAGAGUCCGCUGUUUUUCCUGAAGAAGAGCAACAAAGUUUUUCACGACGUGGAAGUCACAGAGCUCGAUUACGAUCGCGAGGAUCGCAAGGAAUUCGAAAAAGUGCCAGCAGGCACGCUCACCCCGGGUAUUCAAAUACGACAAUUGAAAAAAACUUACGUCACCAAUUGGCUGCGUGGAACCAAAGUCCAAGCUCUGCGAGGCAUUGAUGUCGAUUUUUAUAAAGGCCAAAUAACCGCUCUGCUCGGCCACAACGGCGCAGGAAAAACUACCAUGAUGUCCAUCCUCUCAGGCCUCACGAGCUCCACCGAAGGAAUGGUUUUUGUCAAUGGACAAAACGUUCAAUACGAAUUGGACGCUGUGAGACGAAAUUUGGGACUUUGCCCUCAAGAAAAUAUGGUUUUUCCUGAUCUGACUGUCUACGAACAAGUCCUAUUUUUCGGCAUGUUGAAAGCGAAAAACAAAACGAAGAAACAACUGGACGAGGAAGUUGACAUACUUUUGAGCAAAGUUAAUUUAUCGGAUAAGAAAAAUUCGAUAGCGAGGCAAUUGUCCGGCGGACAAAAACGCCGAAUGUGCUUAGCGAUGGCAGUCAUCGGCGACGCUAGUGUGUUGAUCCUCGACGAGCCAACCUCCGGGAUGGAUGCCGAGAGCAAACGGGAGGUCUGGGACAUCAUUUUGAAACUUCGUGGCGACACAACGAUCCUCAUAAGCACUCACGACAUGGAGGAAGCCGAUAUUCUGGGAGACCGAGUCGCGAUUAUUCAUUCCGGAAAGAUGCGAAGUUAUGGGACUUCGAUGUUCCUUAAAAAACUUUACGGCGACGGGCAAGUCGAAGUGACGUUAUCGAUCGAGCCGAAUUGCGAUCCCCGAAAAAUAAUCAACGAAAUUGGUCUGAACGCCCAGCUCCUGAGCCAAGACGAGGGUCAAGUCGUGCUCGCGAUUCCUUUGGCCGAGAAUUUGCCCACAGCUCUCGACAAUUUGGAGCGACAAAAGAGAAAACUCGGAGUAACGGGGCUGAGCGUCUCGAUAAUUACGCUGGAACAAGUUUUCCUGAGAGUCACGAGGGAGCACGGAGACGAGACUGACUCUUCGAACACUCCAGCGAAAUUGUUCUCAAAGAUUCUUGGCUUUGCUUACUUUUUCCAAACGACUCGUGCAUACAUUGCCAAAAAAAUAGCAUUCACGAGCAAAAAUCCAUGGAACUUUUUCUUCAGUACCAUUUUGCCCUGUAUCGCAGCACUCAUCAUGAUCCUCGACCACGGUGGAAAAACUCCCAGUCGAAAGCCCGUGUCUGCUAGCCUCGAUGCUUACUCGAAUGCUCACACUUUGUGCUACACGAAAAAUCAGACAUUCGCUGAUAAGUAUGCGAUCAGUGCUCGAUCCUUUGGGGCUUCUUCGAAGUACAUUGGAUCCAAUAAUUCUCUAACUGACGCUCUGCUGUCCGAAGCGUUGGAAGAUUUGGGCACGUACCGGAACAAGUUAAUCGUCUCAUCGGAGUUCAACGACACGGAGGAAAAGCCCGGAGAAUCGUCGAUGCUUAAGGCCAAUGGUUUUUACUCGGGAACCGCAUAUUUUGGGAUUCCUGUGACCCUGAACAUGCUUGCGAAUACGGUAUUGAAGGUUCUCACCGGAGACGAGCAUUACAGGAUAAAAUUGUGGCUUCAAGAGCUCCCGGAUUCGUUUGCCAUGCAAAUGUACCAAUCGACAGCAAACAGCUUCACACUCUCAAUGGCUCUUUUCGUUUUCCUCGCCCCUGCUGUCGCCCUCUACGUCACACAUCCGUUGCAGGAAAAUUUAUCAAGCGUCAAACACUUGCAGUUCAUGACCGGAGCCUCCAGCUUUUCUUAUUGGCUUUCGAUGUACAUUUUCGAUAUGAUCCAAUACACCGUUUCGAUUAUUCUUCUCAUCAGCACUUUCGUCAUCGCUGAUGUCUCCUUCGGUACCAAAUAUUACCAUGCCACUGAAAUAAUGAUAUUUUUCUUGAUUCUAUUCAUGUUUGGUGCCAGCGUUUUGCCACUCGUUUAUUUGAUGAGUUUUACGAAAAAAUCGAUGAACACCUGCACCAUUCUGCUGAGCAUAACGCCGUUGAUUCUGAGUUUCAUAGACUUUCUUCUCUGGGGCUUGACCGGAACAGUGAAAAGCAAAAUUUACGAUGUAUUUCGGGACAUUCAGAGCCGCGUUUUUCUUCUUAUUCCACACAUGAGCUUCAUCUACGGCCACGUUUCCUUCUUCGAAGUCGUUGCACAAAAUUCUCAGUGCCGCCGAAUGCCAUCGAGGCAGCUCGAGGUCAUAUGCCAAUAUGUCGAAACAAAUCCAUGCUGCUCUCUGGACUGCCACAAUGGCAUUUGUCAAAAAUCGUUGCCGUAUUUCGUCGAGAAUCCGGAUUUUACGAGCCUCGGGCAAAGUCUAAUUUGGAUGGCUUGCUCGGCAAUUUUGUUUUCCGCAUUAAUUUUCGUCCUGGAAAAGCGUUGGUUCGAGAGGCUCUAUUCGUACGUGCAAAAACGACGUGGGACCAUGGAAACUGCUUCUGGGACGGACGAGCUCGUGAGGCAAGAGGCUGAACUGGUGGCCUCGGAAGUUUUGAAUUUCAUGUUGAGAAGAAAAGACCAGCCGGCGGUGACGACAGAAAACAUUUUCCACGUUCACAAGCUGAGCAAAAGUUAUGGAAAUGUGAAUGCUGUACGAGGAAUAAGUUUCCGUGUCAAGCAGUUCGAAUGCUUUGGACUUCUCGGCGUAAACGGAGCGGGCAAAAGUACAACAUUCAGAAUGUUGACGGGGGAAGAAAUUCCUCGUAGUGGAUCGAUUUAUCUCAAGGAAUUCAACAUCGAAACGGAAAGAUCCAAGUAUCUCGGUCAAAUGGGCUACUGUCCUCAGCACGAUGCCAUCCUCGAGGCCCUCAAUGCCUGGGACCACCUUUAUUUGUUUGCGAGGCUUCGUGGCAUCCCAAAGAACGAAAUAAAAGCAGCGGUCGAGAAGUGGGUUCACAAAUUGAAUCUUCAAAAAUGUGCGUCACAACCGAGCGGAACUUACAGCGGCGGAAACAAACGUCGCCUGAAUAUCGCGAUGGCACUAAUCGGAAAUCCGACGUUGGUUCUGAUGGACGAACCGACCACAGGCGUCGAUCCAGCCGCGAGGAGGUCGCUCUGGAACACCCUGAAAACCUGCCAGGAAGCGGGACAGUCGAUCAUUCUGACGUCACACAGCAUGGAAGAGUGCGAAGUUUUGUGCAACCGGCUUGUCAUAAUGGUCAAAGGUCAGUUGGUCUGUGUGGGAGCCAGCCAAGAAUUGAAGCAGCGUUUCGGCGCUGGUUACAAUAUCCACGUGAAACUCAAUCCCGGAAGUGAAGCGACUGACCUCGAGAGAAUAAAGCGUCGAAUAGAGACGACCCUCGUUUGCAAGCUCAUCGACGAAAACACGGGUUUCAUCGGUUAUCACGUGACGGACUCUGACGCGACAUGGACGAUUAUGUAUUCGAUGAUGAAUCAGUUGAAAACCGACUAUUCAUGCAUCGAAGAUUUUGCAGUAUUAUCAUCGACGCUCGAGCAAUUGUUUAUUCAGUUUGCUCGAGCUCCGAACGAAGACGACGAGGCUGAUCAAGCGAACGGCAUUCCAAAGCGUCGGUGGUGGCAGAGAAAACAGACUCGGGGAUCGCGAGUAUAAAAAGGAGGAGAAAAAUCAAAUUUUCGAAACUGUUCGGCCCUUAAUUCACGUUUUUUUAAAUUAUUAUUUAUUUAUUUAUUUUUAAGAUAUUCAUUAUUUUUCUAAGCUUCAUUUUCACGCAGGUUUGUGAAAAUACAAUGAAAAGUCAAAGUAUUUAUUGGAUUAUUUAAAAAUGAAAAUAUUGUUAAGUUUUUUGUUUUUUAAGGGCCUGAAAGAGAUUUAUUACGCUUAAGAUGUGAGGAAAGAUAAUAUUUUUGACGAGUCCUAACUCUCUUUUAAUACGUUCUCAAAAUUAUUCAUUUAAAUUGAAUAAAAAUAUUGUGUAGUUGCGAAUUAUUGAAAUUUCGAAUGUAUUUUCAUCGUUUGCUGCAACAAAUGAUCGUACUAUUGUAAAAUUUCGUAGAAAGCAGAGGAAGCGACGUAUUUCGCUUAGUUCAGGACGUAAUCUCGAGUCCAAAAGUUGUUUUUUCGAUCAGAUUUUAUUCUGGCUUAUCAUCAUCAUGAAAAUUCGAAAAUUCGUGUCCUUUCGUGACGCGUACUGCCGAAACUUUGGGAGUAAGCGUGAAAACUCAUAGGACCACUUUUGUAGAGCAGAGAAUUUUCUACCAAAAAGGUCCCGACGACUUUUCCUUAUUUCCAGUAGUUCAGUCCCAAGAGUGGUUCGAAGAAAAAACCUCUCAAACGUCCUGAGUUUUUAGAAGUUUUUCUUCGAUUCACUCUCAGAACUAGACUAUCGGAGAUAGAAAAACGUUUCCUGAGACUUUUUUGUAGGAAAUUUUCCGCUCUUCAAAAUUGGUCCCUUGGAAUUUUGUCGUAUCGCUAACCGUUUCGUCAGGACACGUCCUCAAACAACUUCGACUCUGAAAAAUGAUGAUUUUCCAGAAAUUAUGAAUAUUUGUAUAAAGAAUGUACAUUUAAUGUUCAUUAUUUUGUUAUUCGUAUAAGCACUUGUGUUCACAGUCAUAAAAUAAUACGGGCCGAGCGACUUUAGCCUCCGAUAAAUGGGCUUUUCUAUUUUUCAUGUCUAUAAGCGAAAACAAGACUAAAAUAUUCUUAAAAAUUGCCAAAAAUAAAAUACUGCGACUCUCUAGAUACGAAAAAGUUAUAAUGGCAGAGCCUCGCCACAUUUGAGAUUCUUUGGAACAAAAAAACAAAUUUUCUAGUAAAAUAGAAAUUCGAAGUAGAUAUUUGAGAAAAAUAUAAACAAAAAUAACUUGAAAAAUAAGUUUCUCGAUUUUCGAGGCAAAAAUAUUCUAAUUACUCGAUUAGAGAGAUGAAAAAUUACAUUUUUUCGGGUCUGCCCGAAGGAGGAUUUUCAAUUGCUGAUUUUCUGAACAGAUGAAAAAAAGUGGAGCGACCACUUUUCCGUCUCUCAUGCGAGCGUCCAAAAAGAUUUUCAAAAUUUCAUUUUUUAAGGACCAGAGACGUCCAGUGCCUGUCAAAACCCAAUAACGAUUAUAAUCAAUUGUGAAACUAAAAAGAAACGAGUUUGUUAGCCUUAAAGCGAAACGCAGUCAAUAUUGAAAUAUUUUUUACUGUGAUAAAGCGCUGGGAAAUGCAUAUUUUUGUUUUCCAACCGCUUGAACCUACUUCGAGCUCGAGACGAUCAAAUGAAAGGAAUAAAAUAGAAAAAAAAAACUGCAUCGAGCCUUUGCGAGGUUUUCCGCGCGCGCCUUAUCGAGUUAUUAAUCGCUAAAGAUAAAAAAAAACGAAAGUCACAAAUUUACGAUAAUUAUAUAUUUUCUAUUAUACAUUUUUGUCUAUUCUAAUACGAGACUCGAAAGCUGCACUAUUUUGAAAAAAUAUUGAAUUUAUUGAUGAAAAAGUUGAAUUUAUUGGAAUUGACCCGAUCGAUAAAAUUCCUACCAGGAAAAAUUUUCCAGUUAUGUGAUCUGGAAAACCGAUUUGUAACGUCGAUUCCUACGCUACCAUAAAAACCUCAAGUCAAACGAAGCUUUUCGAUUAUUGUAUAAACGCGAAAAUUCCUAAAACACGAAAAAACAAAAAACGAAAAAAAAAAAAAAUAUUUUUUUUUUCAGACUGUAACUUCGAAUCGCGGAAUUAUUCGCUGGCGAUUUUUCCGGGCUUUUUUACUCCAGCUUUAAAGAGAUCGUGUGAAAAUCGAUAUACAAAAAUACUGAAUAAAUGAAUGUGGAAAAAUU